CAGCUUCCAAACCGCAUGUGCUUACAUUUCUUUGGCAAAACAAUUUUUUCAGCGAAAGUGGUGUUUUGUUAAAUUCUUUCGUUUUUUUGGUGAUAAUUUCAUUAGAAAGUGGAAGCAAUCAUGGACGUCGAUGUUACUGUUGAAACUAUUCCACAAGAUUCGUCUUUGCCAGAGAGCCGCAAGGCGAAAACUCCAAGGAAAUCUGGUGAAAUGAGGAAGGUGUUUAUUCCACGCACACGCAAAACUGCACUCAAAGAACAUUGGAUGAAGAUCUUUACCCCAGUUGUUGAGCAAUUGUCGUUAAUGAUACGAUACAACGUUAAACUCAGCCAGGUGGAAAUAAAGGUAACUGCUGAAACGCCAGACCCAACCUACCUGCAGAAGGCGGCUGACUUUGUGCGUGCCUUUGCACUUGGUUUCGAGGUGGAAGAUGCACUGGCACUGAUCCGAUUGGAUGAUCUGUUCAUCGAAAGCUUCGAUGUAACGGAUGUGAAGGCACUCAAGGGUGAUCACCUUAGCCGUGCGAUCGGACGACUAGCCGGAAAAGGUGGACGAACAAAGUUCACGAUAGAAAACACGACCAAAACUCGCAUCGUACUGCAGGACUCAAAAAUUCACGUCAUGGGCAGCUACAAGUACAUCCAGCAUGCCAAACGAGCCCUCAGCCAUCUGAUUUUGGGGUCGCCAGCCAGCAAGGUGUACGGUAAUUUACGGUCGGUAGCCGCAAAUCAAAAUUCGCAACGGAUGUGAAGAAUGGUAAAUGGCUUUGAAGGACAGCUCUAGGAGAGUCUAGUAAUCUAGUUAUUUAAGAAAGCUGAUAAUUUUCUAUUGUAUGGCUGCAACUAACUGGAGAAAGCUUGCAAAACAUGUAAUAUAGUUUUUGUGACAAGAUAAAGCGAACGAACGGAAAACAGAAAAUAAGGAAUUAAUAAACGGUAAAUGCGGAAAAAUAUGCCCUGUAUGGGUAAAAUCUCGAAUGAACGCUGUACUGAUUAUUCUGCUCUUGGUAAUAAAAAUAAAGCACUUUCAUACUGUUUUGGUUCGUAAGCACCAUGUUUUACGGG